GCUUUUAUUGCGUAAUCGUUGAUACAUUUUUUGUUUUUUUUUUCUCUCUUCGUGCCUUAUCGAAUUAGCCUCGGCGAUUCGACGAAAAGACGUCGUUACUUUGGCCGCCAAACAGUGACGAUAAAAUGUAUUGUUUACCAACUACGUAGCGCGAUACUCGAAUUUAUAUUCGAUUCACCUUGUUUUAUUUAUUUUUAGUUUUGUAAUACAGCCUCGAGUAUAUCAUUAUACAAGUUCCUCGUGUCGUUUUGCUCGGUAUUUUUUCCUUCACGUCGACAUUCCGUCCGUUUCAUUUUUACUUCUUUUUUGGUUAAUUUCCAUAUGUCUCUUUUCAAUUCACUUAUUUUCUUCAAAGACAAUGCAGACUUCAAACUCGUAGAAAUGAUGAUCGUAUUUAUUUACGACACUUCAAGGUGUCGUAAAGAAGAAGACGAUCCAGCAGACGCUGUAAUGUACUUCCAUCCAGCCUGGGUAUCUCCGACUCAGAGAUUGGCUCUUGCUGGACAGCUCAUGGGAAUCAAUCAUUUUCUUAGCAGUGCUUUUUCACCACCAAAUUUGAUAUCACUUCAGGGUGGCAAAUUUGUUUUGAAGAAAUUUGGACAGUACAUAUUGGCUGUAGGAACAGAUAGAAAUAUCCAAGAUUGGAUACUCGAGCGACGAGCAAACACCCUGGAAUCGAUACUCCAAUUUUUUCAUUGCGACCUUGAAACAAUAUCCUCGUUGUUUAACAACGAUAGAAACAAAUUUACCGAAAAGCUGUAUCAGAUGCUAGAAACGUACUUACCAAUAUUGCAGUACAGCGCCAAUUUAUUCUCCAACAUUCCUAUGAUCAAGCUGCCAAAAGGUGCGAGUAACGUUUUUCUUGAAGCAAUGCAAGUUUUACAGUACUGUCAAGAAACCAGUGGCAUAAUGGGAGGUGCCUUGUUUUAUAAUAACAAAGUCGUUGCUACACAAUUAAAUCCAGAAUUGACCAAACAACUUGUUAUCACGGAUCCGUAUCGAAUAAAGGCUCCUGCGGAACGAAUACCUACGAGUUUUCAUCUUCCUGUGGGCGUUCAGCUGCUCCGUGUGUAUGUUCAUCGGAGGCAAUCAUUGGAUCUUCCAGUCGAUUCGAUAGGAUCGAGUAGCAAAGUAAAUCCGCCCUCAUACGUCGUCGGAAGCGACGGUCCAGGGCGAAAAAGUGCGUACAAGAAAAUAAUCGCUUCUUCAGGGAUGAAGCGUGAUACUUCGAGAAUUUUCACCGUUCCUGAAGAGGGUGAAUCAGGGGAGACGACGUUGAGUUCGAACAAUGAGCAAGAAGAAAGCAGGCGACCCGUUCUACCAGUUCGACCGAUAAGUUUCUCUACAACUCGAAAGAUAACGGAGCAUAAAAAUGAUCGCCCAAAAUACGUAAAUCCUCCGUUGACACCUAGUGUAUGUUCGACGCCUCUAAAAGACGUGAAUCGUGUUUUGCACGGCACGGCAGUUUCGAUAUGCAGCGCGAAUGAGGAGGUUGAAAAUAAUCGAGCGAAGGAAAAGCGUGUGGAGGAGGAAAUCGUAACUGAAAAUCUCGACGAAAUUCCAGACGUUGUGAAAGAAGCGUUGCGCUGCAAGCGUCUCAAUAAAUUGCGAAACUCGAGCGCAAUAAUUCACGAGAAAAUAGUCAAUAAAAAGACUCAACAGAACGGCGCUUGGGGUGGAAAAAGUUCGAGUCUUUCGGACCUCGACGAAAUACGCCAAGUUUUAGACGAUCGUUUAGCUAUCGGAGUCUCAGUUCCAAGCCAUUGUGGACUUGGAAAAAUGAAUUACAACGAAGAUUCACCGGAGACUGUCAAUAAAUCAAAGUUGGGAAAGAAUCGUUUCACGACAAUAACCGAUCCUUGCUAUCCGGUUUUCCGUAACGAUGGGACUCCAGUUUCCCGCUCCCUUUACGACCACUACAUUUCCUAUCAUUAUCAGGAACUCGUUAAAGAACAAAGUACAACGAUAGGUUCGAGGAGCCAAAAAUUAACGCACGGCGACUCGAGCACAGCCUUCGAUUUUAAUGUUUCGCGAAUGUCCAAUGUACCAAAAUCGGCUCAUCAAAAUUUGGAAGGUGUCGCUGAGCUUGCGAAAUCUCCGGAGUCCACGUCGAGCACCACCAACACUGCAAACUCCGAACUCGACGUUAGACUCGAAAACAAAAGUCGACAGGAAAAUUAUCGACGUUCGAUGAGCCUGCCGCUUAAAUCGCUCAAUGCUCCAGCCACUGAAAAUGAGCAUGAGAACGAUCGUCGAAAAUCGACCUCCGAGUGCGCUUUAGCCUUGGAUUUCACUCAACAAAAGAAAAAAAAAUUGGAAGGCUUACAAUUGACUCCCCUCAUGUCAAAACUAAGCUUACUCGCUGACGAACGCACCAGUGGCUUCUGCAGCAGAGAAACAACGCCCAGCGAAUUCUACGAUUUGUCAACUGUUUCCAGUCGCUUGACGAGAAACAAAUCUGAGAGCACAGCCCGAACGGUUGGUGGACGAUCUGCGGCUGAUGAAGACUCUGCUUUGGAGGAUGAUCUCUUUUGGCUUAGCGGUGAAUCCAAUUCAAAGGAUCCAGCAGGCUUUGGGCUCGAAAAAACUGAACUUUUUAUCUGUGGACAUCACAACAUGGUACUGUUUUUAUUGAUGGAAGAUGGAACCGGCAACAAUCCGGAUCUUAUUCACAAUCUCUGGGAAACGUGUAUCAAUACUCUGGGCCGUUUAGAAAAUCGACUUCAGCAGUGCCUCGAUCCUCUACCGUCGAACGAAAACAAGGAACUUUACAGUGUACUGAGCGUCGAUCCCCAAUGGGACACUCUCCAUCGUUCCGGUCUAUGGGGAGUGACCGAACUCGACAUCGUAUCCUCGUUGCACAAUCGAUUCACCAAAACGAGAAAUCUCACUGACAUUAUCGUGAGAACUGAGGAUAUGGUUGUAUAUGGGAGUCAGUGUGGCAAGAGUCAAGUUUUUUAUCAACAAGCAAUGGCGCCGAAUGUCUCGGGCGGUCUACCCACCCCUGCCGAUCUCAUGGGGGUUGUUCCUCUCAAAGCAAAAAGACGUCUCGAGCGAGAUCACGGAAUAAUUAUUCUGUAAACAUAUCAAACCACGAGUUGAGCCAAUUUUAUGAAAUCGAAAGGGUAAGCCUGAUAUUUCCUGGUCAAAACGAGCUUAUUAGGGAAAAUUCAAAUAUACAGGCCCACUUUUGGAGAUGCAACGAAACAUGUUUUUACUCUUUUAUCGGAUUUAUUGGAUCGGCCAUUCAAAUUACGUUUCUACGCUCCUGAUCUUCCGUUUGUUGCAUUUCAAACAUGACGUUAUUUCAUUCACGAUGACUCAUGAUGACUAGGAAAAUAAAGGCGGUAUUUUAUUAUUACAUUCAUAACAUUCCAACCGGUUUUUCAAAACUAACAAACUCCUUGGUGGGGGUCGAAUGAAUUUAUUUACGCCGCAAUUAUUCCAUGUAGUUGCUCGCGAUGCAAUGUGUGCCAAUAAUCGUAUAUGCUUCUUUUUUCGAGAACCUUUUAUUAAGAUUCGAUUGAGGAUUUGACGAAAUCCCCUUAUCACUAUUUUCCAUGUGUAUUUUUGUAAACGAAACAACCAACAUUGAAAAACGUAAAAUAAUAGUCAUAACUGUGCUUUGCAUAUGGGAAUUCGUCCUAGUGAACGAACGAAAUGUUCGUCCUUAUUCGUGAUUUUUUUAAAUGCAAUACUCAUUAUUAGUUUUUUUUUCUUGUUGAGCAACUCGUUGUACGUGUCGAUUUUAAUUAGACAAAUUAAAAACAAUUACGAAUCUCGAAAGAGAUAAUAUGUUUCCGUUUUAAAAUUAUCAUUUGUUAUCGUUAUUGCGACUGUUAGAUUAAUAUAAAUUGUAAUGUACUAAGCCUUCUUGAUUCUGUGACACGAGUCAAUUUUCCAUCGUCGUUAUACUAAUGUUAGAAAACCGAAGAAGGAAAAAAACAAAGAAAUUUGUCAAUUUAGCUUAAUCAGUAUUUUCCAAUGCAUGGGAGACCCGAGGAUUUUUUAGGAAUGAUCAAAUAAAAAAAAUCAUAAUUCAACGCUUCGAUGAGAUUAGCGUGAAUAAAUUUUUAAGGUACACGAAGGUAA